GGCGGCGCCCGGUCGGCUUUCCUACGCCUAGAUUCUUCCGGCGGCUUCGACUCUCCUCAACAUGCUCCUCCUCCGAGACUGCGGCCGCUGGGCCGCGGCGUCCCUCGGCAAACGCUCGCCUUUGCCUCGCCUCCGCAGCGACAGCGUAGCGCCCUGCGGCCCGCACUUCGACGUGGUAGUGAUCGGAGGAGGGCACGCAGGAACCGAGGCGGCCGCCGCUGCUGCUCGCUGUGGCUCGCGGACCCUGCUGCUCACACACCGCGUGGACACGAUCGGUCAGAUGUCCUGUAAUCCUUCCUUUGGUGGCAUUGGAAAGGGGCACUUGAUGAGGGAAGUAGAUGCAUUGGAUGGCCUGUGUUCUCGAAUCUGUGACCAGUCUGGUGUACAUUACAAAGUACUCAACCGGCGCAAGGGCCCUGCUGUGUGGGGACUGAGAGCGCAGAUUGACCGGAAACUCUAUAAACAGAACAUGCAGAAGGAAAUCCUGAGUACACCCCUCCUCAGCGUUCAGGAGGGAGCUGUAGAAGAUCUAGUUCUUACAGACCCAGAGCCUGGAUGUGCUGGCAAGGCCAGGGUCAGAGGUGUUGUUCUCGCAGAUGGAAGAACAAUUUCCGCAGAGAGUGUAGUCCUGACUACUGGGACGUUUCUGAGAGGUGUGGUCAUAAUUGGAUUGGAGAAGCAUCCUGCUGGACGGUUGGGGGAUCAGCCCUCCAUAGGGUUGGCUCAGACCCUAGAGAAGUUGGGGUUUAUGGUAGGAAGACUGAAGACUGGAACUCCACCCCGACUUGCUAAAGAGUCCAUUAAUUUCAGCAUUCUAAACAAGCACACCCCGGAUAACCCAUCCAUGCCCUUCAGCUUUCUCAGUGACGAGGUGUGGAUCAAGCCAGAAGAUCAGCUGCCGUGUUACUUGACUCAUACCAAUCCCAGAGUGGACGAGAUUGUCCUUGAGAACCUCCACCUGAAUAGCCAUGUUAAGGAGACCACAAGAGGACCCCGAUACUGCCCCUCCAUUGAGUCAAAGGUUUUACGUUUCCCAAACCGCCUCCAUCAGGUUUGGUUGGAACCUGAAGGAAUGGAUUCUGACCUCAUCUACCCCCAAGGGUUAUCUGUCACACUGCCUGCUGAGUUACAAGAGAAAAUGAUAACAUGCAUCAGGGGCUUAGAGAAAGCCAGAAUGGUUCAUCCAGGCUAUGGUGUUCAGUAUGAUUAUUUAGAUCCCCGUCAGAUCAGCCCUUCCCUAGAGACACAUUUGGUCCAGCGGCUGUUCUUUGCUGGACAGAUAAAUGGAACCACUGGCUACGAAGAAGCAGCGGCUCAGGGUGUGAUAGCUGGAAUCAAUGCCAGUCUUCGAGUCAGUGGGAAAGCGCCCUUUGUUGUAAGCCGCACAGAAGGCUACAUAGGAGUCUUGAUCGAUGACCUCACCACCCUGGGCACCAGCGAACCAUACCGAAUGUUCACCAGCAGGGUAGAGUUCCGUUUGUCUCUGCGCCCAGAUAACGCUGACAUUCGGCUCACAUUCCGAGCCCAUAAAGACGCUGGUUGUGUGUCCCCACGGCGACAUGAAAGAGCUGCGUGGAUGAAGUCUUCUUUAGAGGAAGGCACUUCUGUGUUGAAAUCCAUUGAGUUUUCAAGUUCCAAGUGGAAAAAGUUAAUUCCGCAAGCUCCUAUAAGUGUUAAUAGAAGCCUUCCUGUCAGUGCUCUGGAUAUUCUCAAGUGUGAAGAAGUUGACCUGGAGCUAGUAGCCCGCGCUGUCCCCGAGCCCCUGAGGAAGUAUACUACAUGUAAAGAGCUGGCUAGAAGACUGAAAAUAGAAGCCACUUAUGAGUCAGUAUUGUCCUAUCAAUUACAAGAAAUAAAGGAGGUUCAACAAGAUGAAGCUUUCCAGCUGCCACAAGACCUAGAUUAUCUAACAAUCAAGGAUGUGUCAUUGUCCCAAGAAGUUCGAGAGAAGUUACAUUUGAGUCGCCCACAGACGAUUGGGGCUGCUAGUCGCAUACCUGGAGUAACACCAGCUGCCAUCGUCAAUCUGCUCAGAUUUGUGAAGAACACUCGGCAAAGACAGGCAGCAGUGAUGGAACACCAAACCAAUCCGUACUUGUGAUACAAAGAAACUCUGAGACAGAAUUAUGACUUUUAUUUCAUAGAGGACUUUUGGAAAGUGGGCUUAGGCUGGGAAUGGUGGCGCACGCCUUUAAACCCAGCACUCAGGAGAUGGAGGCAGUUGGAUCUCUGAGAGUUCAAGACCAGCCUGCUCUACA